AUGGUUGUGUUUCACCAAUUGAUACUUCCACUAGGGGUACUGCUUUUACUGCACAGUAUUUACCUCGCGCUGAGUGCUCGUGAGCAACUUCAGGAACAGCACCACGGGACUGGUGAAUCCCUCAAUAGAGGCGACUAUUUUCCCAUGACGUCUUUACGCACGGGAGCUGUGACAGGCAGCAGUGGCGCAACAUUGUACAUCUUCGCAGAGUUACUUGUAGGUGUCGCUGUAUCGAUAAUUGGAUAUGUGAAGCGCUCAACCUUCAAACCCGCGCGACUCAUCGACAAAAACUGUUUUGACCGUUACGACAGCAUUGCUUACACAGGUGUGGGUUUUAUGCAUUUCAAUCAUCGCGGAGCAGGAACAGCAAGGCGAAGCGCAAAGACACCCAACGGGGAGAGCAUUCGAGCAUCAACAGGGAAGAAACAUGCGUAA